CAUGUAAUAAUUUGAACGAAAUCGAAAGCAAUAAAAUGUCUAGUGCAGAAGGAAUAUUUUCCUUGCGUGUAGUUAUAGCAGAUUUUUAUAUGGAAAAGCCGGUGCCAGGAUUAGAUGCAUGUUAUUCAGAAUUUCGAGGCAAAGAAAUUAAAAGGGUACCAGUUAUACGCAUAUUUGGUUCCAAUGCUCAGGGCCAAAAAACCUGCAUGCAUGUUCAUGGUGUAUUUCCUUACUUUUAUAUACCAUACGAUCAAAAGGAUUUUGAAUCCUUAAAUAAGGCCAUUUAUCAAAUUGCAAUUAAUUUAGAUAAGGCCAUCAAUAUUUCUCUUAGCCAAGGAAGUUCUUCGUCUCAGCAUGUUUUUAAAGUACAAUUGGUUAAAGGAAUACCAUUUUAUGGAUACCAUCGCUCUGAACAUCAAUUCCUUAAAAUCUACAUGUUUAAUCCACGAUUUGUGCGACGAGCCGCAAAUCUUUUACAAAACGGUGCGAUUUUAAAUAAAAACUUUCAUCCUCAUGAAGCACAUGUGCCCUAUAUUUUACAAUUCAUGAUUGAUUUUAAUUUGUAUGGCAUGAGUUUUUUACACGUUCCCUUGGAAAUUGUAAAAUUUCGUCGUUGUAGCGCCGCCGAAGAGAUUCCUUUCAAAAAUCUCCAGGAAUCACAAAUUUUGGAUUUUAACGUAGUUAAGAAAUUAUCCUGCAGCUCGCUAGAAGUUGAUAUUGGUUCAAAUUUUAUUCUAAAUCGUUUUCAACUAAUUGCUAAAACGAAUACAACACAUACAAAUCCCGGCAUUGAAUCGAUUUGGAAUGAUGAACGUUUGAGGAGGCAAAAACUAGCUAAAACAAUGGAAGACGAUGAAGAGAAGUUAAAUGCGAUACCCCCACUUGAAAUACCAUCUACCCAAGAACGACCCGAUGUACAGCCCACGGAAAGUGAAAUAUUCUACCGUACUGCCUUAUUAAGUAAACUAUUAGCAAUGGAAACCACAAUGCUGGAGUCAACACAAAUAUCUAAUCAAACUCUUAAUUCAAGCAAUAUUUCAAAUAUUACACUCAAUCCCAGCAAUAUAAGUUUAAACAAACAGCAGAAACGUACAUUUAAUUUAACGAAAAUUUUACAAAAUUCCGUAUAUCCAGAAGAAUGUACACAAAAUGAUAAUUUAAUUAAUGCCUCCGUUGUACCCAAUCAUUUAAGCAAUACUAGUAUCUUUGAACAAAGUCUCAUGAUAAACUCAAAUGAGACAAAAGAGCCAGAAACGCAAACCGUGCCGGAAGAUGAGAGUGUUUUUCUUGAAGAUACUAUAGUAGAUGAAGAAUUAGUAUUGAGUUUAACACAAGGACAAAAUCAACAAGCGGAGCCGCAACAUGUGCCCAUGAAUGUAACAUUGCGCGAAGAGGACAUGGAAUUAUUAGAUAUUUUGCAACAAUUGGAGGAAAGCAACGAAGAUAAAAUUGAUUUGGAUAGCAGUUUAGCACCUUUGUCACAAACUCACAAAAAUUUUGCUAUAUCACCCCAAGAAUUGGAUAAAGAAACCACUGCCGCUGCUAUGCAUAAACCCCCCGCAGAUACAGAUUCUGAAGAAGAUCAAGAAAAUGAUGAUAAUAUACAUGACUUUUCUAUAGCUUUAGAAAACUUAGAUGAUUUGAUACUAAAACUAACACAGUCACAAAGAGAACCUCCUUCGCCAAAUCAUAAAUCACAUCUAGAAGAUGUACCUCAAGUAGAUGGAGCCGAUGAUCUGUUAAGAACUCCCACAAAAGCUGCAAAAACUGUGGUAGCAAAAACUUCGCCAAGCACGCCCACUACUCCCAAAAAUAGACGUUUAACAAUGGGUUCUCCCUGUCGUUCUCCCCGAACGCCUAAAACUGGUCAUAAAUAUGCUUCUUUGCCUCUAGUUUCUAUUAAUCGUUCAACGGGUAAAACCUCAUCAGUUAACAAUUCAGAUGACACUACUCCACUGAAACAUUCUACAGGGGAUCGAAACAGUUUACCAAUAUUCUCUUUACGUAAAAAACUGGCUUUAUCCGAUAUACGUCGUAAAAGUAUAUCGGUUGAUACUGAUGUAGAAGAUCAUGUUAUUCCGGUGACUGCAAGUACCAGCUCCAGCCGAAGACGUUCAAAAAGAUUGGUUAAUUUAGAUAAAACCCAUGUCACAUGUGCCUUAACACCACGCAGAACAAAUGAAAAAUUGCUUAAAGUAUACAGUUUUGAUAAUAAAGAUAACGAAAUAAAUGAACUCGAUGAAGAUUCAAAUGAAGCACAAAAGAAAAAGGAAAUGGUUGAAGCUGCAACAAUAAGUAGUAAUAAAAAACAAGAAAAUUUAAAAAAGCUAAAACCGUCUAGGAGAAAAGAAAUAAAUGUUCAAACUGCUGGAAUUGAAAACAAUGAUGUUGAACUACCAAAUAAUUUACAAGUUAAAAAGCUAACAACAUAUAAUGAAAGACAUUUGAAAACGUCUAGAAAAGAAAUACAAAAUUCUAAAACCAUUGAAAAGCCGGACUUGAAAGUGGUAUUACAAGAAAAUUCAAAAGAAACUGCAAGUACAAUUAUUGAAACUUCUGUAAACAACUCCGAAAACUUGGAAGAAAUUACAUCCGAAGAAGAAAUUAUAGAUUCUGAUAAUGAAGCUGAAUUGCCCAUGAAUAAUUUACGAAAAACACCAAAUUUAAAAAGACUAAGGCGUAGUUUUAUAGUCUCUAGUUCGGCAAAACGUAGAAAGAUAACUAAAACUAAUUCAAGCUCCAAUACUACAUCAACGGUUAAUUCAUCCAAAUUUGAUAAUGUUAUAGAAAAUACUGAAGUAACUACAUCGAACUCUAAAGAAGUUACAAAUCAUUUAAAAUUGAAAAAAUGUAAAGUGAAAUUAAGAAAACUACCACAAACGGAAGGAUACAAAAAGAGACAAAAUGAAAUUAAAAGUGGAGGAAACAAUUUCGAAAAUUCGAAUAAAGAAAAAAAUAUCGAAAAAUUAGAAACAUUAAAAGAUGACCUAAAAAUUAAUUUGCAAUUAGAAGAAAACUGCAUACAGAUUCUAAAUCCUCAGGAUAAAUCAAAAGAUAAAAUGGAAACAGAAACAGAAACAAAUGAUACAGUUUCAAGCAAAGUAGAUAAUUCUAAAUGUACUUUAAAGUUAGAAUUCCAAACAGAAACUGCAAAAGCUGUGUCUGCUACAAAUCAUAUAACAGCCAAUGAAAGUUUAGCAAGGGCAACUUCAUUUGAAGCUUCCCCAAUUGAAGAAAAUAAUGAAAUUUCUCAAAACAAAAUAGAAUUUCAAAAAAAUCCAACAAAUAAUAUUCCACCAAUUUCACAAAAUUUGGAAAAUUUACAAAAUGCAUUAAAACUACAUUUACAAUUUGAACAGAACUCCACCAGCAAUGAACUGACCACUGAAAAUAUAACAAAAACUCCAUCAUUCGAUAUUUUUUCUAACUCUCAAACCAAAGAAAGUUCUGAUGAAGAAAUUACAGAAACGCCGCCAUUACAAAAUGAUAAACACCAAACAUUUAAACGGUUCUCUGGUAAAUCAAUAUGUUUACAAAGUCCAGUAUUAUUUUCCCAGAAUUCCAGUCCUAUAUUCUUAACCAAUGCUGAAUUACAUAAAUCAAAAACUCCCUCUAGGUCAAAUUCUUUGCAAUCUGAGAGCAUUAUUGCACUAUCUUCUUCGAGUAACCAUUCGCCCAAAACAGCAGAAUCAAAACUAAUUUUAACCCCGCUAGAUUUGCCUCCCAGCCGGGAAGAAGUCAUAAAAGGUUGCCGUAAAUUUCAAUUACCAGAAUAUGAAUUUCAACGGCCUUUCUACAGUAAUCCGGAUGAUAUAACCAAACAUAAGGAGCUGGGUUUUACUAUACUUCAGAUACCUGGUAAUAAACUGAAUGAUGUAGAAGAAUUUCAAAGUAUUUUGGGUUCAGAUGCUAAGGGUUUAACGGCUUGGAGACGUGAAAAACUGAUGAAACUCGGUGGCAUAGAAAUGUUGAAUAAAUAUCGUAACUCACAGCGGAUACGAGAAUAUUUUGCCAAUCAGAAAUCCGUAACCAUUACACCCAAAAUGCAAGCUCCCACUAGGCAAGAAGUUAAGUUAUGGUUAAAGGCUAGAGAGUUGUUAAAAAAUAAAGAAGACGAACUGGAGGAAUUAAAAACGAAAAACCCUGAAGAAGACAGUCCAAUUAAGAUUCGUCGACAAAAAGUAACUAUGAUGUUGAAUGCUGGUGAUGGAGAUGCUGACAGUGAGGAUGCUGAUAAUAGUUUAGAUUGUUCUUCAAGAAGCCUUACGCUAACGCCUCUAACACCAGGAACACCUGUGGCAUAUGAGCGGAACAUGAAGGAAGAGCUUAAACAAAGUUUUACUCCUGUAAGCAGACAUUUAGAAAAAAUCCCCUUAAAACGUGAUAUUUCCUUAAGAAAACGUAACAAUUGUAGAGUUUUGAGACGUGUUUCACUGAAUAAACAACUUAAAGAAGCUUUUGAAAAGGAAACUCAAUCUGCUUCCAAAGAAAGCUCACAAGAGCUAGCUAAUGUUAAAGAGAGUAAAGACAGUCAAGAGAGUAUUGUGCCUAAUACUCAGGGUAGUGAAACAAGUGUGACCAGUCAAACUGCCUUAGCUGAGUUGGAGCGUUCAUCUUUCAUGCGUCACUUAAAGGAAACUGAUGUAACUAUUAGUGGUUUAUCAGAGAAUUCUACCAUAAACAAUUCUUUCGGUUUUAAAGUGGCUUUAGAGAAUUUACAACAGGCCAAGGCAGAUGUAGAGUUCAACUAUCUUACGAUUGUCACUUUGGAAGUAUUUGUGGCCACACGAGAUGAUUUAUUUCCCAAUCCAGAACUAGACGAGAUUCGUUGCUUAUUCUACGCCAUAGAAAAUAGUAUACCCAACGAUCAUAUGGAUAUUGAGAAAAAACUACCCCGCAAAGCUUGUGGCUAUAUAAUGGUACACGAUUCUCGUGACAUUGUGGCCAAGGAGGGUCGCAUUCAUGGCAUUGAUAAAGACAUUGAGGUUACCGUAGUCCAAACAGAAGUUGAGGCUUUAGAGGCUCUAUUGGGUUUGUGCUCACGUUGGGAUCCUGAUAUUUAUGCGGGCUAUGAAAUAGAAAUGUCUUCGUGGGGUUUUGUUAUCGAGCGUGCCAAGUAUUUGUGUUUGAAUAUAGCACCGCUGUUGUCUAGAGUUCCAACGCAGAAAAUGAGAGAAUUUGUUGACGAAGAUCGUGAGUCAUUUACGGACUUGGAUGUGGAGAUGAAACUUUGUGGACGUAUAUUACUAGAUGUCUGGCGUUUGUUACGUUCUGAAAUUGCCUUGACCUCCUACACUUUUGAAAAUGUCAUGUAUCACAUUAUGCACAAACGUUGCCCGUGGCAUAAUUAUCGAACCUUAACUGAAUGGUUCUCAUCUCCCUGUUCUCGCUGGAUUGUUAUUGAGUAUUAUUUGGAGAGAGUACGGGGCACAUUAGCACUAUUAGAUCAGUUAGAUUUAAUAGGAAGAACAAGUGAAAUGGCAAAAUUAAUAGGUAUACAAUUUUAUGAAGUUCUCUCCCGAGGAUCGCAAUUUCGGGUGGAAAGUAUGAUGUUAAGAAUUGCUAAACCUAAAAAUUUAGUACCUUUAUCGCCCAGCGUCCAGCAGAGAGCACAUAUGAGGGCGCCCGAAUAUUUGGCCCUAAUUAUGGAACCUCAGUCACGUUUUUAUGCUGAUCCUUUGAUAGUAUUGGAUUUUCAAAGUUUAUAUCCGAGUAUGAUAAUAGCAUACAACUAUUGUUUCUCAACCUGUCUGGGAAGAGUAGAACAUUUGGGACAAUCAAUACCAUUUGAGUUUGGUGCCUCUCAACUACGCGUCUCUCCUGCUAUGCUACGUAAAUUGGUUGAUCGUGAUCUCAUUACCAUAUCACCCUGUGGCGUGGUCUUUGUCAAAUCUUCGGUACGUGAGGGUAUUUUACCACGUAUGCUAACGGAAAUUCUGGAUACCCGCCAAAUGGUUAAACAAUCCAUGAAACUGCACAAAUCUAAUUCAGCCUUACAGCGAAUCUUGCAUUCUCGCCAGCUGGGCUUAAAACUUAUGGCCAAUGUUACAUAUGGUUAUACGGCGGCCAACUUUAGUGGUCGUAUGCCGGCUGUUGAAGUGGGUGAUACUGUAGUUUCCAAGGGUCGUGAGACUCUAGAGCGUGCCAUUAAAAUGGUGGAAACCAAUGACAAGUGGAAUGUUAAAGUGGUCUAUGGUGAUACGGAUUCAAUGUUUGUUUUAGUUCCAGGACGCAAUCGUGACGAAGCAUUUCGUAUUGGCGAGGAAAUUGCUGAGGCUGUAACAAAACAAAAUCCUCAUCCGGUUAAAUUGAAACUAGAGAAAGUCUAUCAGCCUUGCAUAUUACAGACCAAAAAACGUUAUGUUGGUUAUAUGUAUGAGACUGCAGAUCAGAAGGAACCCGUUUAUGAAGCCAAGGGUAUUGAAACUGUUAGAAGAGAUGGCUGUCCUGUUGUAGCUAAGAUGUUAGAAAAAGUAUUGCGUAUUCUUUUCGAAACUGCCGAUGUCAGUCAAGUGAAACAUUAUGUUUGUAGACAAUUUACCAAACUAUUAUCUGGUCGGGCAAAUCUACAAGAUUUAAUAUUUGCUAAGGAGUUUAGAGGUAUCAAUGGUUAUCGACCAACGGCGUGUGUACCCGCCUUAGAGUUAACUAGAAAAUGGAUACAAACUGAUCCACGCCGCAUACCUCGCCGCGGUGAACGAGUGCCAUUUAUUAUAACAAAUGGACCACCGGGUGUGCCUUUAAUACGUAUGGUGCGUCAUCCACAUGAUGUAUUGGCCGAUGAGGGCCUAAAAAUCAAUGCCGUUUAUUAUAUAACGAAAGCCAUAAUACCGCCUUUAAAUCGUUGUCUUUUGCUAAUUGGAGCUGAUGUCAAUGAGUGGUUUGCCAAUUUACCGCGUAAAAUUCUGCUAACACCUGCUCUCUCCACUGCCAAUGAGAUUAUUUCCUGUCCCAAUUCCAAAUCUAAGAAAAGUACCAUUUCCCAAUUUUUCUCCACCACAAAUUGUAUUGUUGAUUGCGGCCGCCAAACGAAACAGGGUAUUUGUAUGGAAUGUAGUCAGAAUUCAACGCGUUCCAUGAUUGUAUUACAAUCGAAAAUUUCUAAAAUUGAACGUUCUUAUCUUUCCACACAACACAUAUGUCAGGCCUGCUGUGGUCGGGUGGGAGAUCUAAAAUGUGGUUCUCUGGAUUGUCCCGUAUUGUAUGUAUUGGAAGUUAAACGUCGGGAUUUGCAGCAGAUUAUGCAUUUUAGGAAUUUAGUGGAGGCAAGAUUUUAAUUCAAUUUAUGUUUAGUAAUAUAAAAUAUGGUGUAUAUUUUUAAAAAUUAGUGCAUGAAUUAAAGAAUUUGUUAUUGAAAAGUAUUGCAGUAAUGAUAAUGUACAAAUUAAAUAAUAAGUAUUAGAUAUUACAUAAAAUGUAGUUAAAAAAUUAAGUAGAUAACAAUGUAUGCAUUCAAUAUAUUACACGAUUAAUUUCAAUAAAAUUUUUGUGGUCAAUUUCUAUACCACUACACUAAA